AUGGCUAAAAGGAAAUACCCCCUUCUAAAAUUCAACUACCAAGAGUGUGAUCAGGUCCAUAUUGACGACGUGUCAUCGGACGACAAUGGACAGGAUCUAAGUACAUAUAAUUUUAGCACAGACGGAUUCCACGCUGCUGCCACUAGUGCCAACCUGUGUCUGGCCACCGGCGUACGAGGAGGUGUGGACUGGAUGAGAAAGCUGGCCUUCCGCUAUAGACGAGUAAAAGAAAUUUACACCACCUAUAAAAAUAACGUCGGAGGUCUGCUUGGCCCAGCCAAAAGGGAAGCCUGGUUGCAAUUGCGAGCAGAAAUUGAAGCCCUGACCGACUCCUGGUUAACACUGGCACUGAAAGCACUAACAUUAAUCCACUCAAGAUCAAACUGUGUGAACAUCUUAGUGACCACAACACAGCUCAUACCUGCCCUCGCCAAGGUCCUCCUCUACGGACUGGGAGUAGUAUUUCCAAUUGAAAAUAUUUAUAGCGCCACGAAAAUAGGAAAAGAGAGCUGCUUCGAGAGAGUAAUCCAGAGGUUCGGAAGGAAAGUUGUUUAUGUGGUGGUGGGGGACGGCGUAGAGGAGGAGACAGGGUCGAAAAAGCACAACAUGCCUUUCUGGAGGAUCUCUAGUCACUCUGACCUCAUGGCCCUACAUCAUGCUCUGGACCUGGAGUACUUGUAGCACUGUGACGGCCCUGUUGCUCUGUCCCAGGCCGUGCGGGGGCCCUGCAGACCCAUACCCAGCACCGUCAGCCUGCUGCGUCGCCCGAGCGUCUGCGUUCCUACAGCACCAGACCAAAAACAAAACCGUUCACACACAUAACGUAGAGAGAAAGCGACACGCUCAGCGUGUUGACACAUGGCCACAAUUCGUCUUAACCCUAAACCUUUUUCGAAGUGGAGGAGAGUGAAUUUAUGGCUCUGCAGCUGCUGGCCCUGGUUACUGUGAAUUGGCUUUUUUUCCGAAGCCAUCAAAAUGUUUUACAGCCCUGUGUACGCAGGGGACUCGGCAAGGGUUCACACCUGUGACAAAAACUGAGCUACCGAUGCCUUUGGAACUCAGCAAGACUCCGAUCCCACUGCGACUUGGUGUAAUGUUUUGUCUCUUUAUGUCUCAACCGAUGGUACAAAGACAGUGGGGCACAACCCCUUCGUUUUCCUCAUUUCGCCCUGGAUGUCCUACA